AGAUUCACCCCGCAGGGCUAAGCAGCGGAGCUGGCAGCAAGCGGUCCUUGCACCGGCCACGGGCAAGCGCCCCCCGUGGGCGGAAAGCUGAGCAGCUGGAUGAACUCCAAAGUAUGGAAACUAAUUCUCACUUGUGUCAUUUGAGAACGGGGAAGAUUAGUUUCCUUCCAGACAGAACAGUGUGGAAGUGUAUUUCUUGAAGUUGAAAAGAGCUGGCCUAGAAUAGAACUCUUGGACUCCAGCUACCAUCCUGCUUCAACUUCCUGAGUAACUGGGAUUACAGCCCCACCUCACAGCAUGGAACCACAGGUUACUCUAAAUGUGACUUUUAAAAAUGAAACUCAAAGCUUCCUGGUGUCGGAUCCAGAAAAUACAACUUGGGCUGAUGUUGAAGCUAUGGUAAAAGUUUCAUUUGAUCUGAAUACUAUUCAAAUAAAAUACCUGGAUGAGGAAAAUGAGGAGGUAUCCAUCAAUAGUCAAGAAGAAUAUGAAGAAGCACUUAAGAUGGCUAACAUUAAGCAAGGAAACCAACUACAGAUGCAAGUCCACGAAGGGUACCAUGUGGUAGAUGAAGCAGUUCCCCAAAUUGUAGUAGAAACACAAGAAGCUGCCAGGACAGGGAAGAAGCCCCUUGCACAUUAUUCUUCACUGGUGAGAGUCCUGGGAUCGGAUCUGAAGACCACAGAGGAGCCUGCAGCACAGCCAUGGCCACUUGCUCCUUGUGACACAGACCAGCCUCAAGACAAGCCCCCAGACUGGUUCACGAGCUACCUGGAGACAUUCAGAGAACAAGUGGUUAAGGAAACAGUUGAGAAGCUUGAACAGAAGUUGCAGGAGAAGCUUGUCCUCCAGAGGCCAUGCUUGGGUUCCUCACCCUCCGAAGUCUCAAUGCAGGAAACCCUGUUUUUACGAGAGAACCAAUUCAGCUGGCAUAUUGCUUGCAGCCACUGCCAAAAAAGGAUCAUUGGUGUGCGUUACCAAUGUAGCCUGUGCCCAUCCUACAACAUUUGUGAAGAUUGUGAAGCUGGACCAUAUGCCCAUGACAAUAACCAUGUCCUGCUAAAAUUGCGGAGACCUGUUUUGACUUCCUCCGAGCCAUUUUCCCACUUAAAAUAUCCUACUCCUCGUUUUCCUGCUGCUCUUGAACAAGUCAGGCUCCAGAAACAGGUGGAUAAGAACUUUGUGAAAGCAGAAAAGCAAAGGUUGCGUGCUGAGAAGAAACAGCGGAAAGAAGAGGUCAAGGAGCUUAAAAAGCAGCUUAAACUCCACAGGAAGAUUCAUUUGUGGAAUUCGAUCCAUGGACUCCAGAGUCCCAGGUCCCCUUUGGGCCGACCUGACAGCUUCCUGCAGUCUAACACCCUGAUGCUUCCUUUGCAGCCCUGUGCCCCAGUUAUGCCAGUGCUUAGUGCAGCAUUUGUGGAUGAGAAUUUGCCUGAUGGGACUCAUCUUCAGCCAGGAACCAAGUUCAUCAAACACUGGAGGAUGAAAAACACAGGAAAUGUGAAGUGGAGUACAGACACAAAGCUCAAGUUCAUGUGGGGAAACUUGACAUUGGCUUCUACAGAACGGAAGGAUGUUUUGGUUCCCUGCUUGAAAGCUGGCCAUGUGGGGGUUGUGUCUGUGGAGUUCAUCGCUCCAACCUUAGAGGGAACAUACACUUCACAUUGGCGUCUUUCCCACAAAGGCCAGCAGUUUGGACCUCGGGUCUGGUGCAGUAUCAUAGUGGAUCCUUUUCCCUCCUCGGAGAGCCCUGAUAACAUUGAAAAGGGCCUGAUGAGCUCAAGCAAAGCUGAUGACUUCACCUGUGAGCAAGAGGAAGCUUUCCUUCUAGCAGAAGAAGAGAUUCCAUUGGAUGAAGUGACAAAACAGACUGAAGGAACAGGAACCAGCAUCCCACAGAAGACACAGAAUGUUCCCAAUGAGAGAGAACUGUACAUUCCAUCUGUGGACCUUCUGACUGCCCAGGACCUGUUGUCCUUUGAGCUGCUGGAUAUAAACAUUGUCCAGGAAUUGGAGAGAGUGCCCCACAACACCCCUGUUGAUAUGACUCCCUGCAUGUCUCCUCUGCCACAUGACAAUCCUUUAAUAGAGAAGCCAGGCUUGGGGCAGAUACAGGAAGAGAGUGAAGGGGCGGGAUUUAAAGCACUUCCUGAUUCCACCGUACCAACAAAGAGGAAGGCUGAGGCCACUGCUUCAGUGGAAGAAACGGAGGAAGAUCUGAGUGGGACCCAGUUUGUAUGUGAGACUGUAAUCCGAUCCCUUACCUUGGAUGCUGCUCCAGACCACAACCCACCCUGUAGACAGAGGUCCCCACAGAGGGAAUUGCAGCUGCAGUCCACAGAGGAGCAGCCGCCAGUUGCACUGCCUGAAUUCUGCAGAAAAGAUUCUUCCUUGAAAUUUGCCUUGCCUGAAGAAGGACCACUUGGAGAUGAAAGGGAAGAGAUUGUCCACAUUGCUGAGGAAGAGGAACUCCAAGAUGAAGUUCAGAGUCAGUCUUCUGCUUCCUCUGAAGAUUAUAUCAUCAUCCUGCCUGAGUGCUUUGAUACCAGCCGCCCCCUGGGGGACUCCAUGUAUAGCUCUGCACUCUCACAGCCAGGCCUGGAGCGAGGGGCUGAAGGCGAAUCUGGGAUCGAGGCUGGGCAGGAGCCAACGGAGCCUGAAGAGAGACUCCCUGAAGGGGAGAGCCAGCCACAGGAACAGAGCAUCAGUGACAUCCUUACAACCUCACAAACUCUGGACACAGUGCCCCUAGUCCCCGAGGUGGUGGGACUUCCACCACCACUGUCCAGGAGCUCCCUCUGUGUACAGCACGGGUCCCCAGGAGUGGAUUCACCAGUUACCACCCGAGACUUUCUUUCAGUCCCUGAUCAAAUCAGAGGAGAACCCAGAGGCUCAUCAGGACUUGUAAACAGCAGACAGAGGAGCUGUGACCACUCAAGGCACCACAAUGGGAGCAGCAUUGCUGGAGGACUGGUGAAGGGGGCUUUGUCUGUUGCUGCCUCUGCGUACAAGGCCCUAUUUUCUGGGCCACCAGUCACUGCACAGCCCAUUGUUUCUGAAGAUCAGACAGCAGCCCUGAUGGCCCAUCUCUUUGAAAUGGGAUUCUGCGACAGGCAGCUGAACCUCAGGCUGCUGAGAAAACACAAUUACAAUAUCCUGCAGGCUGUGACAGAACUCCUUCACAUCAACAACAACGACUGGUACAGCCACCGCUACUGAGGACUGACCUUGUAUUAAAUAACUGCCUGCUGCUCAGAGAUGAUCUCUAUUCUGUCAUUGAGGUGUGGGUAGAAGCCCUCACUUGUUUUUUAAUCUGAUGAAUCUAUAUCGAACGUCACUGAAUUGUCAAAACAGUAUCUGUUACAGUAUUUUUGGAGCAAAUCAAAGACCAGAACUUAAAUUCUCAUUUUUGAAAUGGGAUGAGUGGUAGGAAGACAGUUCUCAGCUGAUGUGGACAGAACUCCCUGCACUGCAGUGUGUGGAGGUCCUGGAGACUGCUUUCCUUUUGCUUGUACUGAAGUUGAGUCUUUUCCUUUGUUCAUGUGGUUGUUUUUAAUGGGCUGUUAAAUAUUAGAUUGUUUUUUGUUUAUUAACCUUGAACAUUUUCAAGACUUAUUCUUCUAAUUUCUGUAACCAACUCCAAGCUUCAUAGCUACAUGACCUUAAAGGACAGCAGAUCAAGAAAGCCAUUUCCCUGUAAGACUUAGUAAAUGAGUAACUCUCUGCUUUCAGAAGAGUUGAGGGUCCACCUGGCAGGUGCCUCGAGGGACAAAAGGGCAGGGCAUUGGAGUUAGCCCACCAGCACCCAUUGAGCAGUGUUUGUGGAAGUUUUACUUAGAAAAAAUCCUAAGUAGUGUGAACUAUUUCACUAAUCUCAUAGAGAAGGGGAAAACUCGCCUGUUACAUAAAGGGAAGAUAAAUUUAAGUCAUCUUUUGUGACUGUCAGAUAUGUGCAAAUAUUCAUCUUGGUAAGGUUGGGGUGUAACGAGGGGGACAAGAAAAUGCUGGUGACAUCUAAAUGUUAGUAAUCCUCUUCUGAGGUGUCCUGCCCUAGAGUUGAGAACAGGAAGUAGUGGGUGGGGGCUAACCCGCCAAAAGGUUAGUUUAACUCUUGGAUAAAUGGGAAGAAGCUUGCUUCUAGAAUUCUAAGUCUCAUUUAGUUUAUCAAAUGGAACUAUGGGUACGGGUGGUGAAAGAAGAGGUAACAAAACACUAAAGAAUUUUGCUCAUGAUAAAAGAGUUUCAAAGAAGGAAUCUGGACCCUAGCUCAAAGGGUAAAGAUAGUUUAAAAGGUAUUAUUUAACUUCGCUGGUAUUUAUAAUAAGUGGCGAUUUUAAUUACUCAUAAUCUGUUUAUUUACAGUCUAAUUCUUGAAUGCUUCUAAAUAAAUCACAAUUCAAACUGCAAGCCGACCAGGCUGUUUAUUAUUUAAAACUUUUUCGUGGGGUUUGGGGUAGAAGCAGAGCCUCAUGGUGUGGGUAAUGAGGUGGAUUUGGAGUCGGACCUGCUUUGACCAUCUGGAACCAGUCGUUCGUUCCAUUGUACUUGUAAAUAGCCACUUAAAGAAUUGGGAAUAAAUGUUCUUUGAAACGCUUA